AUUUCGUUAUGUGCUCCUUAAGGAAGAAAGACACACCUGUUUCUGUUGGUGUUGGUGUGUGGGGGAGUGAGAAAACGAAAAACACUCGGAACACCUGGCGCAGUUGGGAUUAACAACUGCAGCGAGCAAAAAGACGUCAAGUGAUUUUUGAUGAUCCGUCCAAUUUCCGUAGUUUGUAUUGUUUGAAUAUUAUAUUGGUUGGGUUGUGAGAUCAAGCAAAAGUACGAGUAUGGCGGAAUUUUUGGACCUGGAAGCGCAGGACGGUGUGAGGAUGGCGUGGAACGUCCUACCGGGAACAAAGCAGGAGGCCAUCAACUGUGUCGUGCCGGUUUCGGCCAUCUACACUCCGAUCAAGCCCUUCCCUAACAUGCCUCCGCCUCUCCCUUACGCCCCUCUCCGCUGCCGCACCUGCCGCUCAGUCCUUAAUCCCUUCUGCAUCGUAGACUUCGCCGCCAAGAUUUGGAUCUGCCCUUUCUGCUUUCAGCGUAACCACUUUCCUCCCCAUUACGCCUCCAUCACCGACGACAAUCUCCCUGCCGAGCUUUUCCCUCAAUAUACCACCAUCGAGUACCAUUGUGAUUCCCCUGGGGAAAGGUCCUCCUUGCCCCCUGUUUUCAUUUUCGUGGUCGACACCUGCAUCAUCGAGGAGGAGUUAUCUUUUCUUAAAUCCUCCCUUUCUCAGGCAAUCGGCCUAUUGCCAGACAACUCCCUGAUAGGUCUUGUCACCUUCGGAACCCUUGUCCACGUCCACGAGCUUGGCUUCGGCCAGAUCCCUAAGGCCUACGUUUUUAAGGGCUCCAAGGACAUCUCCAAGGAACAGCUUCUCGAGCAGAUGAGCUUCUUCCUCAAGAAGCCGAAGCCUGCGACUGGUGUUAUCGCCGGCGCCCGGGACGGCCUCUCCUCAGAGAGCAUUGCUCGCUUCCUCCUGCCUGCUUCGGAGUGCGAGUUCGUUCUUAGCUCGGUUUUGGAGGAACUGCAAAAAGACCCUUGGCCGGUUCCAGCCGAUCAACGAGCCACCAGGUGCACCAGCGUCGCAUUGAGUGUAGCUGCGAGUUUGUUAGGAGCUUGUGUUCCUGGUUCUGGUGCUAGAAUCAUUGCAUUUAUAGGCGGUCCAUCCACAGAAGGGCCUGGAGCUAUUGUCUCAAAGAAUCUGUCUGAACCCAUUCGCUCUCACAAGGAUCUUGAUAAAGAUUCUGCUCCCCAUUAUCAUAAAGCCGUUAAAUUCUACGAGGGACUUGCAAAGCAGCUUGUUCAUCAGGGUCACGUGCUUGAUCUCUUUGCUUGUGCCCUUGAUCAGGUUGGUGUUGCAGAACUAAAAGUUGCAGUUGAAAGAACUGGGGGACUAGUGGUGCUUGCAGAGAGUUUUGGCCAUUCAGUAUUUAAGGACUCUUUGAGACGCAUUUUUCAGUCAGGUGAAAAUGACCUCGGACUAUCGUCAAGUCCCUGACUUAAGGGAACAGUU